AUGGGCAAGUUAACCAGUACGAUCGGGAUUCCGAUCAAGCUUCUGAAUGAAGCGCAGGGUCACGUCGUCACCCUCGAGAUUACAUCCGGCGUCGUCUACCGAGGAAAGCUCUUGGAGGCCGAGGACAACAUGAACGUCCAACUCAAAGACAUCACCGUGACCGCCCGCGAUGGUCGCGUCUCGCAUCUCGACCAGGUUUACAUCCGGGGGAGUCAUGUGCGGUUCUUCAUUGUGCCGGAUAUGUUGAGAAACGCACCUAUGUUCCGCUCGAGAGGCCAGCGCGGCAGAGGUGUCGGAUUGGCGCGUGGUAAGGCGACGGUGCAGAGGGCUAGGGGACAGCGGAGGGGUUGA